AUGGGUGCUAAUGAAAAGGAGAAGGCUCAGUUGGAUACAUACCAGCUCAAGGAUGUGGCGCAGGUAUGGUACAAGAUGUUGGUAGAUGGCCGAGCAAUAGGAGAAGUCCCCAUCACUUGGAACAUUCUCAAAACUGCCUUCCUUGAGAGGUUCUUUCCCAGAGAUCAAAGAGAGGCUAAGGUUGAGGAUUUCAUCAACCUAUGCCAGGGAGCCAAUAGCAAGGAACAUGAUAACAUGGACCUUGGUAGAUUGAUGGUACAUGCACAACAAGUGGAGGAGAGUCGUCGGAGGAAGAGAGGCCGAGAAGGCAAGAAUCCUAGGCCCUCAAAUCAGCAUGGUUCUAGCACUGGUAGGAGUUCGUUUCGAGUCCAGGACAGGCCCAAGUUCAAGAAGGGGCACCAACACUCAAGUAAUCCUAAUCCUUCCGGCAACACUAAUGCAAAAGGGGGAAAGUCUGGCCUGAAUAAGGGAAAUGAUAGAAAUGCCCAGCGUGACAGAAAAUCGUGUGGUAAGUGUGGCUGUUUGAAUGGAGGUGAGUUCUUUGUAGGUACUAAUGCCUUCUAUGGGUGCGAUAAGAGUGGGCAUAUAAUAUGGGACUGCCAACAUGUGAAGAAUCAGACAAAGGUAGUUACUCAGCCUUGGUCUAAUCCUACUGCUGCAGCCGAGCCUCCUAAGAGGAAAGUUCUAUGCUUUGGAAUGUAG